AUUCAGUUGAAGGAAGGAGAGAAGGCAAAGACCGUUAGUUAGUAAAGAAGAACAAGGAAGAGAGAAAGAUUUCGGCUUUGUUAGUUUGACGUCUUAAAACAGAAGGAAGGAGCCUCGCUCCUUCCCUCCUCUCUUCUCUCCAAAUGAAUCAAAACUCGCUGCCUUAAAAGACGCCUUUAAUAUUGCAGACAGAACCAACCGUAAACCAGUCCUAAUAACUUUCCUCCAUAUCCAUAUCCAUAUCCACGCCACCAACAACCUCUGUUUCUCUUUAAGAAAGAAACAGCUCCUAAUAACGCCUAUCAAGAAAAGAAAAAGACAAGACAAGACAAGGGUAUCUGAUUGUUGUAGUCAAAGAGGGAGGAGAGACAGAUGGAGGACGCGGCGGCUACAUCGGCUUCAUCGUCGUCCUCGUCGCUAUCAUCAUCAUCAUCUUCCUCAAUCUUUACCAAUUACCCUCUCAUUUCUGCUCUCGUUGCCUUCGCUAUUGCCCAAUCCACCAAGUUCUUCACCGCCUGGUAUAGGGAAAGACGAUGGGAUCUCAAGCAACUUGUUGGAUCUGGUGGAAUGCCAUCAUCUCAUUCUGCAACUGUUACUGCCCUUGCUCUGGCCAUUGGGUUCCAAGAAGGCUUCGGAGGAUCCGUGUUUGCGGCUGCAUUGGUCUUAGCAUGUGUUGUGAUGUAUGAUGCCACUGGUGUGAGAUUACAGGCUGGACGCCAAGCAGAGGUUUUGAAUCAAAUUGUGUAUGAACUUCCUGCUGAGCAUCCUCUCGCCGAGAGCAGACCACUGCGUGAACUUCUUGGUCACACCCCUCCUCAGGUUAUUGCUGGUUUGUUGCUUGGGAUUAUCACGGCAUCUAUUGGCCAUAUGAUUACCUUGAUUUGCAGUUGAGCUUAUGCUCAAGUAGAUCACGGAUACCAUCAGGCAGCAUUUCUGAUGGCCACUUCUCCGAUGAAGCAGUAGGACAGAAUUGUAACUCUGCAGAUCCGUCACCAUUAGUGUUUCUUUCAAAUUUGGAUACGGAGGUUUUUCUUGUUUGUGAUCUUGUAAGCUUGUUAAAAACUUGUAUUAAACUCCCUUCUAUUCAUAUGAUCGCUUGCAUUCAGAAGAUGUAAUUUGAUUGAUUGCGUAGUGUUUGAUGUACCAAAUCCUUUUUAACCGUCCAAAAACAGGAAGAAUCUUGCUUGUAUCAUGAUCAACUUGAUCAAAUAUACAUUUUGUCACUUUGACAUUACUCUA